CUUCAAACUGACUUUCAGAUAAAAUAACUACCAAUUUUUGUAUCGAGCUACUUCAUCAUAUAAAUGUGUUUACAGCAGCUGACUAGAAUUAAUGAAGAAAACAGGUUACGAUGUGUCUUUCAUCAUGAAUUGGCGGAUGGAACUGCAAACGUAUAAUUUAUGUGCCAUGAGGUCAAUAACGAACAAAACAUACACAUUGAACCUAAAAGGGGUAUACAAUUGAAGACCUAACUUACGAAUGAAAAAGAUAUCCUAAAUUAUGGAUACAUAAUUAUAUACAAUUUUUUCAUAUUGAAGUCUACUCGCUGACAUAUUUCAAAAAUUAAUUGACCAAAACUCACUUUUAAAUUGACGUUAUAUUUUCAUAUUUUGUCAUUGAAUUCAAAAAUGUGGAAACCUCUUCUUGAUAGUGAAGAUUGCAUAAAAUCUGAUAUUCUAAGGUGGAACUUCACUUGUAUCAAAACUGUUUUCUUUCAGAAUGACUGAUUUUAUUAUAAUUAAUGAUAUGAAAGUGAGGCCCGGUGCUGAUAGUGGUUUAUGGGCGUUAUUUCUUCUACCACUUUCGAUAAUAAUAUCGACGUUCAAACAUCCAAUUACUUCAACACCCACUUACAAAUUAGCUUCAUUAGUAUGUUUUGGUAUAUUGCUCACAUCAACAAUUAUUGUGGUCCACAAGUUGAAAGAGCAAAAACUGACUGUAUUCAGUUUAUGGACGGUUCUCGCCAGUGCAAUCAGUUCAGCAGUAUUUUUUAUCUGCUUCAACAAAGGUCUAUUCUUUGCCUUAUUAAGUGGAGUCUGUUGUACUUUUCUAUACCUCAAGACAUAUAAGUUCCUCCUAGAGAAGUUCAAAGAAUGCUUCACACUUGGAGAAGCUGGAAUAGCAAGCCAAGCAGCCAUAAUUUUAUUGUAUUUCACUAUUUUGAAUUUCCUGAGUCAUGGAAUGAGAGCCGAACCUUUCAAAAGUAAUAUGCAAAUUUCUACUUUAAUUAUCCAGCUGGGAUUCCUAGGGAUUGCAGUAAUUGCAUGGGCGUCUUAUUUUUUCAGUCUGAAAAGUUCUAAGCCUUUUUAUUCUGUUGUGAUUUUCACUAUCGUAUUUGUGAUUUUCUUACCUUUACAUAUUCUACUGGAGCGGAGUCCUGUUUUAUGGAUUUUUCAGCAGUUGUGUUAUGAUUGGUCCACUAUAAAACUGAUGAUAUAUUGGGUUUUGUGUACUGGUUUAGCUGUUUGGGCAAUUAACAAGCAAAUUUUCAGUGUUCAUAAAGCUUCUACUGGUACAAGGAAAAUAUUCCACCUAUUAGCAGUCAUUGUUUACAUUCCGGGGCUCCUACAUAGAUGUUCUAUUCUGUACCUUGCAAGUGGAGUAGUUACAGGAUUGUUUUUCGCAUUGGAGAUAUUGCGUAUUUUGCAGAUGCCUCCCUUUGGAAGGCACCUACAGGAUGGUUUUUUAGCGUUUAGUGAUGAAAAAGAUGUCGGCAACUUAGCCUUGACACCGAUCUACCUUAUCGUUGGCUGUUCCCUGCCAAUUUGGAUACAUCCGUCUCCGUGUGAUGUAACUGACUCGUCUAUAUUUUGUUUGAUACCGCUAAUGAGCGGAUUGUUAUCUAUUGGUGUUGGCGAUACUGCAGCCAGUAUCGUUGGAUCGACUUACGGGAAGCACUUUUGGCCAGGAUCCCAAAAAACAUUUGAAGGGACCGUUGGAUGCAUAUUAGCUCAAAUGGGACUUGUGUAUUUUUUAAUUGUGUUCAAUUUUGUACCAAAUUUUUCCACUGAGCAAUGUUUGAAAAUAUUCCUUGCGAUUUUUGUCACUUCUUUGGUUGAAGCUAAAACAACGCAAGUCGACAACCUGGUGCUACCUCUCAUAAUGUACAUUAUACUUGUUUAGUUUACAAAUUGUUAUUCCGAUUUUUGUUUAUGAUGCUUCAUGACAUUGUUAUGUGUAGACUUUUUAAAUUAUAUUUUUAUAUUGAG